AUGUCAUCAUCCUUUGAACCGGUCACGAUCAAAGGCCGUUACCUAUGGAAGGGCGAAAGCAGAUUCUUGGUGAAGGGAAUCGUAUACCAGGUGCAUCGUCGCGAAGAGCGCCGGAGAGACCCUCUGGCGGACGACCGGAUCGAGGCUUUGCGCAAGGAUAUCGACCUGUUCAAAGAACUCGGGCUGAAUACCAUCUUUACGUUUCACCACGACCCGGCCAAGAGCCAUGACGCCUCCAUGUCCCUCCUCGCAGAAGCCGGGAUCCACGUCCUGACUUGCCUCCACGACCCCUGGAACGUCAUCAACCGCUCCGCGCCGCUCGAGUCGUACACCCCGGCCCUGAUGGACAGGUUCUUCGCCGGCAUCGACAGCCUCUCGGCCUACCCCAACGUCCUGGGCGUCCUCGCCGGGCACGAGGUCAUCAACUCUCCGGAGUCGAGCGGCGCCGCGGGCGCCAUCCGGGCCGUGGUGCGCGACGUCAAGUGCUACAUGCGCAUGGCCGCGUCCGAGGCGUCGGGCGAGGGGCAGAGGGUGCUCCCCGUGGGGUACAGCCACUCGGCCGAGAUGAUGACGAGAAUGCCUACUUUCAAGUUCCUGUCUGCCGGGCCGGAAGAGGAGGCCGUUGAUUUCUUCUGCUUCAACGACUACAGCUGGAUCGGCAAGGCAUCCAUGCAGAUCUCAGGAUGGAAACGCAUGCCUAAUACUGAUCCAACGCCGGGGGGGCGUACACAUGCACAGGUCAAGCUCUUCUCCAACACCCACAUCCCCCUGUUCCUCUCCGAGUACGGCGGCAAGAUCAUCCAAGGCGGCCCGGAGGACGAGGAAGCGGACCCGCCCCGCAUCUUCCAGGAGACCACGGCGCUCUACUCGCCGGCCAUGACGCCCGUCUUCUCCGGCGGCAUCGCCUACGAGCUGCACUACGGGGCCAACAGGUACGGCAUCGUGCGCCCCGCUCCCGGCGGCGGCGGCGGCGGCGAAGAGGUCGAGCGCACCGAGGAGUUUCGGAAUCUCAAGCGCAGCCUGCGGCUAGGGUCCGCCUACGAGCCCAUCACGCUGGCGGAGUGGACGGGCGGCGGUGGCGGCGGCGGUGGCGGGGAGGCGCUCCGGGCGCCCGAGAUGCCGGCCAGGUCGGCGUCGUGGCAGGCCGACGCGGGCAGCGUGCCGGCGAGCCCCGUGGACUGGGAUGCCGUGCGGGCGCGGCUGGAGGACAGGGGGUGGAUCGAUGUGGUGGAGGACAUGAAGGAAAAGAUGGUCGAUGACCUCGUGGGCUCUGCCGGUGCGAGGAUCUCGACAGAGGAGAGAGCCGGCACGGUGGCAGAGGACGCUGGGGCAAAGGAAGGCAGACAAGGAAAAGACGAGAAGGCGGUCGAGGGAUCCGAGACUACGAUGCCGAUCAGAGAGAAGGAGCAGGCGUCGGGAGAGGCGGAGGAGGGGGAGAAAAGCUCGUUCCUCAAGCAUAUGGCCGAUGACCCGUGGUAG